CUUCUUCCCAACGAUCGGUGGGGAUCGCUCACGCUGCUAUGAUCCCUCCCUAGCUCCGUGUCGGAAUUCAUCCUCACACCAUGCCUUCCCCUCCGCCGCCGGGAGCGGCCGUAAAGGUAUGCUUCAUCACCGUCGGCGCGACGGCUUCAUUCCACCUUCUGCUGCAGUCAGUCCUUGAGGACGAGUUCCUGUUGGCGCUGGAGCGACUAGACUUCACGCAUCUGCUUGUCCAGUAUGGCAAGGACGGUCAAUCUCUCUGGGAGGCCUUCCAGAGCAGAUGUCCGCCUGGCAGUGCGGGUCGCCAUGGGCUGGAAAUUGAUGGCUUUGAUUUCAACCAGGCCGGGCUGGACGCCGAAAUGCGCUUGACCCGGGCCAGUCCCUCCGAGGGCCAGACUGGAGGGUUGAUUAUCAGCCAUGCUGGAUCGGGAAGUAUCCUUGGGGCUUUGCGACUAGGCGUGCCGCUUGUUGUUGUCCCCAAUCCUACUCUAAAGGAUAAUCACCAGGAAGAACUGGCACAGGAACUCCAGACGCAGGGCUAUGUAGUCGCGAGCGACUACCGGGGCAUUGCGAGCGCCUUAGACCGCGCAGAGGCACUGCGAACCCAAAUGCUGACUUGGCCGCCUGUGCGUGGAGUAAGCCAGAGGCGCCAGCGAACGCUGGGGGACGUGAUGUCUGACGAGCUAGGCUUCUUAGAUUGAAGUGGCAUUCGAGACUUUGUUGAUCUCCGAGCUGGAGUCGUGUCAAGCGGCGCAUUAACGGGGCAAGUCGUCGACUUAGCUCAGCUCUCCACCCUAGUGUGGGAUGAGAUGCUCCGGGGCCAUAGGAGUGUCUGGAGUCUUCAGAUUCCGAGGCAUGAGGUCUCUUGAGACCGACAAUAUGAUAGUGGAACGAGUGGUCUUACGACCUGAUAGUACCUUUGAGCGUCCAUGGAGUGAUGGACCGACUACUCUUAGACCUAGUUUAUUGGGGCUGUACCUGCAACAGUCAUGAAACCGUAAAGCUUCAUCCUUCU